AUGGAUAUUGAUGGCCCGGAUACCAGGAAUCCACUUACAGUUGUUGAGUAUGUUGAAGAGCUGUAUGCCAGCUAUGGAAGGAUGGAGAGCUCUAGCUUUGUCUCUCUGGACUAUAUGGUUCGACAAUUUGACAUUAACCAUAAGAUGAAAGCUAUGCUGAUUGACGGGCUUAUCGAGGUGCAUAAUAGGUUUGAACUCACGGAAGAGACAUUGUUUCUUAUUGUUACACUCGUGGACAGAUUUCUAUCUCAGCAGACGUUGGCAAGAAAGAAGCUUCAAUUAGUUGGUUUGGUUGUUGUUCUCUUAGCGUGCAAAUAUGAAGAGGUUCCUGUUCCAGUUGUUGCUGCAAUUUUCUUUCAGUACAGGCAGACGGAGGCCUUCUAUGUCAUGCGUUACUGCCUUCUAACCGCUAAGGGCGCAGCCGAGAUCCUCAAGUGCUUACAGGAAGAGACCAACAAUCAUAACCUCAAUCCUUAUCUGGCAGUCAAACUGAAAUGCUUAGAAGGAGACUUGAGAUUGGAAUACCAUGAGAAUGAGGGAGAAAGUGCAGCUGCAUCCACAUAUCAGAUAGAGAGUCCCCAUGAGGAGAAUACCCGUGAGAAGAGAAAGUUAAGCUCCAGUAAAACCGAUGUUCCUCUUCUCUUGGACCUGCAGGUUGAGGAGACAAAAUAUGUGCCUGAAGUGAAGACGAUUCUGAGGAUGGAACUUCUGAGAAAUGAUGAUCUCCAAACUGUUUCAAGGCUAUGGGAAAAGGAUCGAUAUGGUUCUGUCAUGGGUGCUGGGGUAUUGGUAAUGAAGAGUUUAGAACGGGCCAUGAAACGAAGAGCUCCAGUUGUCGUUGUGUACUUGGGAGUUGCAGUUGACUGUGAUGCUCAUCUUAUGGCUGAUCCGGGGUAUGCAAAUGACAAGAUUGUGAUGGUAAGUGAACACUGA